AUGCGACGCAGGCCGCUGUGGCAUUGCGAGGGCUGUGGAGGUCGCGGGUGGUGCGUGCCGAUGAUCGAUGGUGUUGCGUGCGUUAAGACGCCGGCGGAGAGGUGGCGUGAGCGCUUUUGGGCCCAACGGCCGGCGGCUUUGUUCCGCGCUCAGCUCACUUGCUGCCUACGUCGGAUCGCGUUGGGCACUCGAAAGGGAGCGCGCCAGCACCGUUAUCGAUCUGAGCGUUUCUCGUUGCCGUUUGUGCACGACACUCUCUCGGGAUAUUCACUGAGCGGCCUAUCCUACUGCUCUGUUUACGCGCUGCGUAGACUUGUUUCGUUCGCGCGACCAUGCUCGUCGAAGCCCAUUGAUAAGGCGGCACUCACCAGGAGCCCGGUCGUCCCCUCGCGC